CCUUCGAUUCUCCAACAAAAAUUUAGUACUCUGUGUAUUUUCUUUUUCCCAAUAUUAUUUAAUAUUUCAUUUCUGGUCAUUUUUAUUUAAACCCAAUGUGGCGGCUCAUUUGUCAUCACUCUUGAAUUCGGUCACAGAAAAUGGGUCGACCAACCAGUUCUUCAUCUUCCAUCGACAGCCCCAACCACUUUGCUUUCUCAAGCACUGCUUCCUCCCAAAGGGACCUUACCACCGAUCUUCGCCUUGGCCUUAGCAUUUCAAUCGCUCCUCCUUAUGUCAGGGAGCAGUGGCCACCGAUGAAGGCGGCGGUUGCAGAAGAAGAGCACGAGUGCAACAGCUCAACAUUUUAUGUGAAGGUUUACAUGGAAGGGAUUCCUAUAGGGAGAAAACUAGACCUGUUGGCACACGAGAGUUACUAUGAUCUGAUAAGGACUCUGGAACACAUGUUCCACACAAACAUCAUCUGGGCAGAAGCAGAGAUGGAUAGAGAUCAUUAUGAGAAAUAUCAUGUGUUAACGUAUGAAGACAAGGAAGGGGAUUGGAUGAUGGUUGGUGAUGUUCCUUGGGAGUAAGUUAACACAUCAAUUUAUUACAUUAAAAUUCAAAAUUUUCCCCAUAUAGCACCACAGCUGAAUUUGAUAUAUAUAUAUAUAUUUUUUUUUUGCAUGUUUGGAACAGGAUGUUCUUGUCAGCUGUAAGGAGAUUGAAGAUCAGCAAGUGCUGAAAUUUUGAUACAAAUUUUUUUCUAGACAAGUGUUGUUGUUUAAGAAAAAGAAUAGGUAGUCAGAAAAUACAGGGUGGGAUGGGUUUAGGAUUUUGAAUGUAUAUUCUCCAAUAUUGAAAUGAGAAGAGUAACAAGAAGCAUCAGUUUUGUCUUUUGGGCUCAA